AUGUAUGGAGCAAAUGAUCAUGAGUUUGAUCAGUCCACAUUAAGAAUGCAGUUCGACGGCGGAUCAGCGGUAGAUCAUCGUGUGUACGAUGAAGAAGAAGACAGAGAAGAAGAUGCUGAUGAGGAGGAGGAGAUAGGACAAGAUGAUGCAUGGGCAGUGAUAAGCGCCUACUUCGAGGAGAAAGGUUUAGCCAGGCAGCAGUUAGACUCCUUCGACGAGUUCAUUCAAAACACCAUGCAGGAAAUCGUCGACGAGUCCUCCGUCAUCGAGAUCAGACCCGAGUCCCAGCACAAUCCUGGUUCCGGCCGCCAAUCCGAUUUCCUCGAGACAAUUUACAGAAUCACCUUCGGUCAAAUAUACCUAAGUAAACCGAUGAUGACGGAGUCUGAUGGAGAAACAGCAUCUUUAUUUCCAAAGGCUGCAAGAUUGAGGAACUUGACUUACUCAUCCCCACUAUACGUAGAUGUGAAGAAACAAGUUAUAAGGAAAGGACACGACUGUGAAGAAGUGACCGAAUCCCAGGAGUUUCAUAAAGUCUUUAUUGGCAAGGUUCCUAUAAUGUUGAGGAGCAGCUAUUGUAGUUUGUAUCAGACAUCAGAAAAGGAUUUAACUGAGCUUGGAGAAUGUCCAUAUGAUCAAGGUGGAUAUUUCAUUAUAAACGGAAGUGAAAAAGUUUUGAUUGCUCAGGAAAAGAUGAGUACCAAUCAUGUCUAUGUUUUCAAGAAGAGGCAACCAAACAAAUAUGCCUAUGUGGCUGAGGUCCGGUCCAUGGCCGAAUCCCAAAACCGACCACCUAGUGCAAUGUUUGUCAGGAUGCUUUCUAGAGUUAGUGGGAAAGGGGGAUCAUCAGGGCAAUAUAUCCGUGCAACCCUUCCAUACAUUAGAACUGAGAUUCCAAUUGUAAUUGUUUUCCGUGCUUUGGGAUUUGUAGCGGAUAAGGAUAUACUCGAACACAUUUGUUAUGAUUUCACUGAUACUCAAAUGAUGGAGCUUCUUCGACCAUCCUUGGAGGAGGCUUUUGUCAUCCAAAAUCAACAGGUUGCACUAGAUUACAUUGGAAAAAGAGGAUCCACUGUAGGUGUCACUAGAGAAAAGAGGAUUAGGUAUGCCAAGGAAAUCCUUCAAACAGAAACACUUCCACAUGUGGGUACUGGGGAGUUCUGCGAGACCAAGAAAGCCUAUUAUUUCGGGUAUAUUAUCCAUCGCCUUUUAGUUUGUGUCAUUGGCAGAAGGCAAGAAGAUGACAGGGAUCACUACGCUAACAAAAGGCUAGACCUUGCUGGUCCUUUACUGGGAGGCUUGUUUAGAAUGCUAUUCAGGAAUUUAACUAGGGACGUGAGAUCCUAUAUGCAGAAGAGUGUUGACAAUGGCAAGGAUGUUAACUUGCAAUUUGCCAUUAAAGCUAAAACAAUUACCAGUGGCCUCAAGUAUUCUCUUGCUACUGGAAACUGGGGUCAAGCUAAUUCAGCCGGUUCUAGAGCAGGAGUUUCACAGGUAUUGAACCGUCUAACAUAUGCUUCAACUCUCUCUCAUUUACGAAGGCUAAACUCCCCUAUAGGACGUGAAGGCAAACUAGCAAAGCCACGGCAGUUGCACAAUUCACUUUGGGGAAUGAUGUGUCCUGCUGAAACGCCGGAAGGACAAGCCUGUGGUCUGGUAAAGAACCUGGCUUUGAUGGUCUAUAUAACAGUUGGAUCAGCAGCCAAUCCUAUUUUAGAGUUUUUAGAGGAAUGGAGCACAGAGAAUUUUGAGGAAAUAUCUCCUGCAGUUAUUCCACAAGCCACAAAAAUCUUUGUGAAUGGCUGCUGGGUUGGCAUCCAUCGUAACCCAGCAUUAUUAGUUAAGACAUUGAGGCAGUUGAGGAGACAAGUGGACGUGAAUACUGAAGUUGGAGUCAUUAGAGAUAUUAGUGGUAAAGAACUCCGUCUUUAUACAGAUUUUGGCCGCUGCAGUAGACCAUUGUUUAUAGUAGAGAAUCAGAAGCUGCUAAUAAAAAAGAAGGAUAUCCUAGCUCUACAACAACGGGAAUCCCCUGAGGAAUUUGGUUGGCAUGAUCUUGUAGCAAAAGGGUUUAUGGAGUAUGUGGACACGGAGGAAGAGGAAACUACAAUGAUUUCCAUGACAAUAAAUGAUCUUGUAUCAGCUAGGCUCAGUCCAAGUGAAGCUUAUACCGAAUCAUAUACACACUGUGAGGUCCAUCCAUCCUUAAUAUUGGGUGUCUGUGCUUCUAUUAUCCCAUUUCCCGACCACAACCAGUCUCCACGUAAUACCUACCAAUCAGCAAUGGGAAAGCAAGCUAUGGGAAUAUAUGUCACCAAUUACCAAGUUCGAAUGGAUACGCUAGCCUAUGUUCUCUACUAUCCUCAAAAGCCUUUAGUUACCACUAGGGCAAUGGAGCAUUUGCAUUUCAGGCAGCUUCCAGCUGGAAUAAAUGCAAUUGUUGCCAUAGCCUGCUAUUCUGGAUACAACCAAGAAGAUUCUGUAAUCAUGAAUCAAUCCUCAAUAGACAGAGGAUUCUUCCGGUCUCUCUUCUUCCGUUCAUACAGGGAUGAGGAGAAAAAGAUGGGAACACUUGUAAAAGAGGAUUUUGGAUGUCCCAACAGAGACAACACAAUGGGAAUGCGGCACGGAUCAUAUGAUAAACUGGAUGAUGAUGGAUUUGCACCACCUGGCACAAGAGUUUCUGGGGAUGAUGUUAUCAUCGGAAAGACUACACCGCUGCCUCAGGAGGAAGCUCAGGGAUUGGCUGCCAAGUGCACCCGUCGUGACCAUAGCACUUCCUUACGUCACAGCGAAAGCGGAAUUGUUGAUCAGGUUCUGUUGACUACAAAUGCCGAUGGAUUACGAUUUGUAAAGGUAAGGAUGAGAUCCAUUAGAAUACCUCAAAUAGGCGACAAAUUCAGUAGCAGGCAUGGACAGAAAGGAACAAUAGGAAUGACGUACACACAGGAAGACAUGCCAUGGACAAUUGAAGGCAUCAAUCCAGAUAUCAUCGUGAACCCACACGCCAUUCCCUCUCGCAUGACCAUCGGACAGCUGAUCGAGUGCAUCAUGGGAAAAGUCGCGGCUCACGUGGGCAAAGAAGGAGACGCCACUCCUUUCACCGACGUGACGGUGGACAACAUCAGCAAAGCCCUUCACAAAUGCGGUUACCAAAUGCGAGGAUUCGAGACAAUGUACAACGGGCACACAGGGCGCAUACUGACCGCCAUGAUAUUCAUUGGUCCUACGUACUACCAGAGGCUGAAACACAUGGUAGACGACAAGAUCCAUUCUCGCGGUCGAGGUCCGGUCCAAAUCCUGACGAGGCAGCCCGCGGAGGGAAGGUCUCGUGACGGCGGACUAAGAUUUGGGGAGAUGGAGCGCGACUGCAUGAUAGCACAUGGAGCCGCACACUUCCUCAAGGAGAGAUUGUUCGAUCAGAGUGAUGCUUAUAGAGUCCACGUCUGCCAGCAAUGCGGGAUGAUCGCGAUUGCCAUUCUCAAGAAGAGUUCUUUCGAGUGUCGAGGGUGCAAGAACAAAACCGACAUUGUCCAGGUAUUCAUACCAUAUGCUUGCAAGCUUCUGAUUCAAGAGCUGAUGGCAAUGGCAAUAGUACCCAGAUUGUUGACUGACGGUACUAAACUACUCCUUCAAGGUCAAGGGAAGAAGAAAUAAUAGAGACACAACAUUACUCUAGAAUUGGAUUCCAU